UUUUUUUCCUAGUUUUGAAAACGAUACCCUGAAUUGAGUAAUCAUCGCGUGGUUCUGAAGACGAAGGGGGAAUAAGGCAUAGCGGAGAAGACGAUGGGUGAAGCGGUGAAGGAUCAAAAAGAAGAAGUGAUUCAGGCAUGGUAUAUGGAUGAUAGCGAAGAGGAUCAGAGACUUCCUCACCACAAGGAUCCUAAGGAGUUUGUAUCUCUGGACAAACUUGCAGAGCUGGGAGUACUUAGCUGGAGACUUGAUGCUGAUAGCUAUGAAACUGAUGAGGAUUUGAAAAAGAUCCGCCAAUCUCGCGGUUACUCUUACACGGACUUUUGUGAAGUAUGCCCGGCAAAGCUUCCAAACUAUGAAGAGAAAGUAAAGAGCUUUUUCGAAGAACAUUUGCACACUGACGAAGAGAUCCGUUACUGCGUUGGAGGAAGUGGAUACUUUGAUGUGAGGGAUCGCAAUGAAGCUUGGAUUAGAGUAUGGGUAAAGAAGGGGGGUAUGAUUGUUUUACCCGCUGGAAUAUAUCAUCGCUUCACCGUGGACUCAGAAAACUAUAUCAAGGCGAUGCGGCUUUUCGUUGGUGAACCGGUGUGGACACCAUACAAUCGCCCACACGACCAUCUUCCUGCAAGGAAAGAGUAUGUCGAUAACUUUGUGAUCAACGCCUCCGCUUAGGGAGGGUCUCUCUUUCUUGCUUUAUGAAGUGAAGAAUCUAUAAACAAGGCCUUUAAAGAAUAAAGAGAGCUUUCCUCUCAAUUAUUGGAUAAUUUAUAAUGCAUACCUGUGUAGAAUGCUGGCUUUGGUAUGUUUGAGUUGUUGUAAACUUAAUUACACUCUAUGAUAUGGAUCUCUUAUACCAUCUUUGUCGUAUACGCAAGGAUUACAGUGGGAUCAUUGUUUUCCUACGUUUCUUUGUGGUUGUUGCAACUAAAUAAAUAACUAGUUGGCUCUAGUA